AUGAACAUUCAAAUCGAGGAUAUUCUCGGGCAAACCUCGAACGCGUCUUCCAUCCACCCGGCCUCGAGUUCCAACAACAACAACGAUAACUUGUUGAGAUGUAAAACCAAAAUUGUUUGCACGUUAGGACCAAAAUCGAGAGAGUUGCACGUGUUGGAGGAACUUUUGCGAAGCGGCAUGUCUGUCGCGCGAUUUAAUUUUUCGCACGGGUCGCACGAGUACCAUCAAGAGACGUUGGACGUUUUGAGACAGGCGUGCGCGAACACUCGGUUAAUGUGUGCGGUUUUAUUAGACACGAAAGGACCGGAAAUUAGAACUGGGAUGUUGGAAGACUCGAAGCCGGUGUUGUUAACCGCCGGGAGACAAGUGACGUUGACGACGGAUUAUAGCGCGUUCGGGAACGAAAAUAUGAUCGCGUUGUCGUAUAAGAAAUUAGCCGAAGACGUUGUUCCUGGGGCACAAAUAUUGAUCGGCGACGGGUCGAUUGUUUUGGAGGUGAUUUCCUGCGACAUCGCAAACGGGACGGUGCAAGCGAUGUGCACAAACACGGCGACGCUCGGGGAGAGAAAGAAUGUGAAUUUACCCGGGGUGGUUGUCGAUUUACCGACGAUCACGGAGAAAGAUCGCAUAGAUAUCGUAGAGUGGGGGAUGAAAAAUAAAGUGGACUUUAUUGCGGCAAGUUUUGUCAGGAAAGGCUCGGACGUGAGAAACAUUCGAGAGGUGUUGGGCGAGGAAGGGAGAGAGAUUCAAAUCAUCUCUAAAGUUGAAAACCAGGAAGGUUUAGUAAAUUUUGACGAUAUUUUAGCCGCCUCAGACGCGAUUAUGGUCGCCAGAGGUGAUUUAGGCAUGGAGAUUCCGACCGAGAAGAUUUUCUUGGCGCAGAAAUUGAUGAUUGAAAAGUGCAACGCAGCUGGGAAACCAGUCGUCACCGCGACACAAAUGUUAGAAUCGAUGGUGCAAAACCCACGACCGACGAGAGCGGAAGCUACCGAUGUCGCGAAUGCGGUUUUAGACGGCACAGAUUGCGUGAUGUUGUCCGGUGAAACUGCCGCGGGGUCUUACCCAGUAGAUGCGGUGAAAGUCAUGUCGAAGAUUUGUAACGAAGCGGAGGCGUCCAUCGACCAUUACAUCUUGUUCAAAGCUAUUUUAGCGCAAGUGGAGAAACCGAUGAUGCCGUUAGAAUCUUUGGCUUCAUCCGCGGUUCGCACAGCGCAGAAAGUUCGAGCGGCUUUGAUUGUAGUCUUGACGCACGGAGGGAGCACGGCGAGGCUCGUGGCAAAGUACAGACCGAAAGUGCCGGUGUUGACGGUUUUUGUGCCAACGUUGACGACAGAUUCUUUGACGUGGACGUGUUCCGGCGAGACGCCGGCAAAGCAAGCGCAGUUGACGAGGGGUUUGAUUCCACUCUUGGCAGAAGGUUCCGCACGAGCGACGGAUACUGACACGACGGAUGAGAUAUUGUCUGCGGCGGUAUCUUACGCGAAAAUCGCUGGAUACUGCGAAAAAGGAGACGCCAUCGUCGCGUUGCAUAGAAUCGGGAACGCGUCUGUGAUUAAAAUCCUGAACGUUGGUGAAUGA